CUGGCUUCCAUUGUAAGCCAUUGCCGUAGCCACAAGUCUUCCUAAAGUGGUUGGCAAGGAGUGGUUUUGGAAUCUGUCAAUUUGCCGUAAGAGUUAGCGUACAACCAUCAAAUAGCCGUGUUUUUGUUUGUAACUACAAUUCUCAAGCAGCAACGCUUAGUUUUUCGUAUAAUGAGCACAGCAUCCCUACCUAAGCCUCCUGGCGGAACUGUGAAGAUAUAUGCCGGCGCUGUUGUGACGGCAGAAUGCGAAAUAAAAGGAGAUGUUACAAUCGGGAGCCGCACGAUUGUUCAUCCCGCUGCGCACAUUAUUGCUGAAGCUGGGCCUAUCAUUAUAGGAGACAACAACCUCAUUGAAGAGCAAGUCUACAUAGUCAACAGGAGAAAGGAAGGAGACCCACCUGACUCGGAGAUCGUAAUGACAAUUGGGAACAACAAUGUUUUCGAAGUUGGGAGCUAUUCUGAAGCACUAUUAAUAGGCAACAACAAUGUUCUCGAGUCAAAAAGUAAAUUGGGAAGAUACACUGAGCUGACAAGUGGUUGUGUCAUCGGGGCCAUGUGUGAAGUCAGUACCCAUGAGAAGCUCAAGGAAAACACAGUAAUAUAUGGUCGUACAUGUGAAAGGAGAAUCCAGAAUGAAAAGCCAGCUACACAGACGCUGCAGCUUGACUUCCUGACCAAGGUCCUGCCAAACUACCACUACUUUUGGAAACCAUCCAAAGGAGAGCAAGUUCUCCAGCAGUUGAAAAAGUAGAGGCGGACGUUUGUGAGCUUCUGCUUUAGUUCAGGUGGUGAUGUGUAAAGGAGGCCGGUGCUAGGUUCCAUGGCAAGUGCAUCAGAAUGAAAUAAAAUGACAACAUAUG